GGCGUGAUCAGUGGACGCAGGGGUUUUGCACUUUCCGGUAAAUUCACGCUCUUUCGAUUUUUGCUGGAAUUAUAUUUUCCGGACAAAGGGGAUUUGUUUGUAAAUGACAAUCAUGUGAUGCACGGAUUCCUGCUGCUGUCCAGUUGUAACUACAAACCCAUCCGGAACACUGAGGAUUUUAGUCGCUUCGAUUAGCCUAGGGACAACUGUAAAGCAAAUGUCGAGGGUCGACUAUUUUAGUUUCCUUUACAAAUCGCGAGAAAUCCAGUCAAUUUAAGCUGCUAUUAAAUAAUAUUGCAUUCAUUUGAUUGGUCGACCGACCUGCUGCAAGUUAGAUUUCUCUGGCCGACUGUUGAUGUGCUCAAUUGUAGCCUAACAUCCAACUUUUUACAUUGUACAGUUGUAACCUCUCAUAUAGUCACAGUAGUAUGAAACAGUAGCGCCGCGUGAAUGUUUAUUGAUGCAUGAUUAACUCGUAAUUUCAACUCGGGAAUUCUGCUAAGGUAGAACCUCUGGAUUCUACUGUAAACUGUUCAAUAGAACAUAAUUUAUGGAUAUAGUUGUUCCUGCUUUACAUCCGGUUUGAAAGAAGGGACUUUUUUUCUAUGGCAGGAACACAUCAUUCUGUCCCUUUCAUUGGUUAUUGAUCCAAUAGUUGACUGUCAAUAAGCAUUCGAAGGCACUGGUCUAUUCACAUUCUCUGACUAGGCUACACCACAUUAUCGAAAGGCAAGUGCAGCUCACUAGAACUUUGCACAGCCCUUUGGCACUUUCCAUGUUUUGCUGUGCCCUGGUAGACUAGAUAACAGAGGGAGAACAUGGAAGAUGAGAUGUUUGAGCAGCUCAUGUAUGUCCUGAACCAACUGGUGACAUGGAUCGCUGCGGGGGCCAUGGUGUUUGGUGGAGUGCUUCCUUACAUCCCCCAGUACAGGGACAUCAGACGGACACAGAACGCAGAGGGAUUCUCCACCUAUGUCUGCCUCGUCCUACUGGUCGCCAACAUUCUGCGUAUACUGUUCAGGUUUGGACGCUACUUUGAGACGCCACUCCUGUGGCAGAGCAUUAUCAUGAUAGCCACCAUGUUGAUCAUGCUCAACCUGUGUACCAACGUCCGCGUGGCCACCGAACUCCAGACUAAGCGACGUUCAUUCACAGCAACAGUCAGUAAGGACGAGGAGAUCAAAGUCCCUAAGAAGUUAUUUCUGGACUUUGACUGGAGCCACUUCUGGUCGUGGAGUCGUUUCGUGGACUACCUGCAGUGUGUGAUGGCGUUCACCCUGCUGGCGGCCUACAUCACCUACCUGCUGCUGGACUCGUCUGUGUUUGUAGAGACCCUGGGCUUCCUGGCUGUCUUCACUGAGGCCAUGCUGGGGACGCCACAGCUCUACUGCAACUACCAGAACAAGAGUACUGAGGGGAUGAGUAUAAAGAUGGUGAUGAUGUGGACGAGUGGGGACACCUUUAAGACGGGUUACUUCCUGCUGACCGAGGCUCCUGUCCAGUUCUGGACCUGUGGUCUGCUGCAGGUGGGAGUGGACAUUGCCAUCCUCUUCCAGGUCUACUACUACAGCCGUUACCCGCAGAAACCCGUCUCACACACCGUGUCCCACACAACCAGCACCAAGGCACUCUGAGACCCCCUAACACACACACACACACACUUGUUACCUAUCGGUCAUGAGCACACAAACUAGUUUGAGUGUUACUUUACCUGAAGAAUUCUGCUGAAUGACACUUGUUACAUUUCAUUUCAAAAUGGAUAGGACCUCCAGUUAUAUGUAUGCAUGUAUAUGCUGUGCAGAUGGUUAUACAAGUAUAUCCCUAAGAAUAUAUCCCUGUAUACGAAUAUACCUGAGCAUACACACAGUCUUAUGCACAUGCAUCAAUCUACAUUGCAAUCAUAUGCACUGUGUAUGGAUGGACACUCAAAGAAAUGUGGACCAGCUUUCCUGUCCAUAGACCUGAUGAUUGUUGCAUGAAAAACCUUAAAAUACUUUCACAAAGGGCUGGUUACUCAGCCAGUGAUAACAAUGUACAACCCAUCAUCAAAGUAACUAACAGAAACCAUACUGAAUGUACAAUGGAAUGAUUAUUUUUGGGGGAAUUUAGAAUCUACAUUAAUUUAGAUAGCUCUUUGUUCUGUCUCAGUGGAUUGAUGCUGGUCAGUUCUCCACGGGUCUGGUCUGUCUGAUCACUUAGGCCUCUUCGGGUCUGGUUGGAAGACCACCGAGUACUGCUGCUGCUUGUUGGAAAAUUCACAAGAUGAAUUCAAAUGCAAGCAAUUGAAAACAGCAGUUUUACCAAAAAUGAAAACGGCUGUCUGGGCCAGGGGCCUGGUUCCUGGGAGCCCAACACAUUUCCUUCAGAUGACUCUGAGGAAAAGGUUAAAGACUCAGUGGUUCAGUGGAGGAGUAUGUUGCUGGUAUUACAGACAGUAAGGGAGUCAGUGGAGGGAGGGAGGUAGGAAAUUGUGUGAAACAAAUCAAUAUUAUGUUUAUGUUACUGUUUUCAUUUAAAGGAGUAGCAGCCAUGUUGGUAGGCCAGGGAACUGGAAGGCCUUUCUAUAUUCUGUUUUUUUUAUGGUAAAUGAAAACAACAACGUAUCAGGAAGGACAUUUAAGUACAAAGCUCCUGUCUCUAGCAGUGUUUAUACCUGGUUCUAACGUGCAUCCUGUGUCCUGUACUUAUCCACAUUCUGAUCGUGCCCACAUUUUCAGACAGGUGUAGACGAUUUAAAGAAGCAUAUAUGUACCAUGUGUAGACAUAUUUCUGGAAAUGUGGGCACAAUCACAAUGUGGACAAGAUCAGGACAAAGGACGCAUGUUAGAACCAAGUAUAAACAAGGCUUCUGAGGACAACUCAUCUUUAGUCUCCUGAUCUCCCUGCUCCUCUCAGCCUCAAGCACCUCUAGAAACCUUUCAUUUGUUUAAAUGGGACCUUUUGAAAUGUAUAUGAAUAUUUCUUUCUUCAGCUGUUAAAUGUUUUAGAUGUGUGCUUUGGGUGGAGACGUGGGAACAGUGGCUGAAUCUGGAAUCGGUCGGGGGUGGACAAAUCUUAUCCUGCUGAGGGCUGGUGUGGGUGCAGGGUUUUGUUCUAGCCAAGUAGUAGGCAUGUCCAGACUACCUCUUGGAGUGUUGGACCACAUGGUAAGUCAAAUCUCUCUGGGUGUUAAGUCUGCUCUGGGUGUAACCAAGACGAUACUAGCACUACAGCUGUUAUAUUCACCUCUGAACUGCUGGCUAAAACGUAGUUGCUGGUUGCGUCCAAAAUGGCGUCCUAUUCCCUGUUUAUUACACAACUUUUGACCAAGUAGUGCACUAAAUAGGGAAUAGGGUGCCAUUUCAGACACAGUUUGAGUUUUACGCUGGAUACUCUGGGAAACUUUAUUUUAAUCACUGGUGAUGCAGAAUAUUUGUUUUGUUACGCUAUCUAUGUUUUUAUCAUCCUGAAAUGCUUGUAUAAUCACAAACCUUGUACACUUGCCCUUUAUCAAGCUCUUUUUUAUUAUGGUGAUGCAUGUCAAAUGGUGACAGUUGUUGUCAUUAUAUGAAGUUGUGCACCUAGUAAACUCUGGUUGUGUCGUAUCAACCAGGCCAAAAUGACUCACUGUUUCUUGUUAAGUUGUAAUAUUUUGGUGGUUAUUCAGUUUGUUGUUCAUGGGUAAAACUGCCAAACUAUUCCUCUGUUCAUGUAGAAUGUAGAUGCUGAUCAAACAAUGCCAAUCCUUGUGAUUAUUUUUAUAUAUAUAUAUAUAUAGUUUUAGGUCAGGAUUCAAUCUAGGUUGCGUUAUAGAAACAUGCAUAGGACUGCCGACAAUGCCCCCUUUAAAGGCAAUUUACACCAAAGCCGACAUUCGCAGUGCCCAUACCAUAAAUACUAUCUCUGCGAACACGAGGGAAAUUGCCUUUAAAAGGCGCAUUGUCGACUGUCCAGUGCACUGCUCAGUAAGGCACCUUGGACUGAAUCACAGCCUCAGUUUAUGUACCAAAAAUAUUUUUAUGGUUAUCAAACUGUUUGUGUUACAAAAUAAUGUGCAUUUUUAUAUUUGAUUACCUUUUAUUUCAACGUUGUCUUUUUGUUUUUUAAUGUGUACAUUACCACAUUUCUUUCCAUGGAAUGGCCAGUUCUUUCUAUAGAAUUGCCAGUUCAUCAUCAAUAGACAAUUUAAAUCAACCUCACAAUGGUCUCUGUCUGACAUACUGUUACUUAUAGCCAGUAUUCAUGAAAGCUCUGUGGCGCUGUCAUUAAAGGCCAAGAUGAGAACUUG